AUGCUAGCACAGCUGCAGGAAGCCAGAGUGGCAGGUUUGAUUGAUCAACAAACUGGCACAUGGGAUCCCUCAAUUUUAACAGAUUUAUUCCAACCCAAUGAUGUGGAGAAUAUUAUGAAAAUACCUGUAUCCCCGGAUUAUGAUGACACUUGGUACUGGCAUGGAGACCCAAGGGGAAUAUAUUCUGUUAAAAAUGGGUACAGGAGAAUUGUUGGAAAUUAUCAAGAGAAUAAUGGGACAUUUGCAAAAUGGUUGAACCUUUGGAAGCUCAAAAUCCCCCCAAAAUGGAAAAUGUUCCUCUGGAGAGCCAUUAGUGAUAUUUUGCAUACCACAACCAACUUACUUAUAAAGAGAGUGGAUGUGGAUCCACAUUACUCUGAUGGAAUAUUAUAUGCAGCAGCAAUCCUUUACAAUAUAUGGAGAGCAAGGAAUAUGGCGGUUUGGGAAGCAAAGUUACCACGGCCGACCACCAUACUCAAGAUCGCUGCUGCAGCCAAGGAAUCGUGGACCCGGGCGCAUCCACCACCCGUAGCCCGUGCUGCCCCACUGCCCACCGAGCCACCUUUGGUGCAGGAGGACGCCGAGCAGAACCAUGCCGAGCCACACGCUGCCGAGCCGCAGUAUGGACCGCCCAAGAGAAUUUGUUAUGUCGACGCGGGAUUCUUGCCAGAGACAGGCCAAGCUGCGGGUGGAGCUGUUCUAGUAGACACGAAUGGAGCUUAUGUUUUGGCUCAUGCCGGACCACUUCGGAAUUGUACCUCGCCCCUUAUGGCCGAGGCAUUAGCAUGCAAGGAGGCACUAUCAUGGUUGAAGGAUCGGGGAGAACAAAUUGUCGAGAUAUACACGGAUUGUCUAACGCUACACCGCUAUCUUACCACACCAACCGUUGCGUUGCGUACGUACCUAGGCUAUGCCAUUGACAACUGCAGGCUGACUGCAUAUUUAUUUUAG